AUGUCGGAGGUGCUACUGAAGCAACUCCAACAGGUACUUGCUCCAUGGGAUUCGCUGCCAGACAAGGACAACCUUGAUGAGGGUGGCGGGGUGGUGUCCUCGCUGUGGACGCCGCCAUCACCGCCAUCACCGCCCGCACAGAACCGCGACCCCUCCUCCUCAACCUCCCCAAGCCCGCUGCAACUCGCACCCAAGUGCCCAAGCGUGGAGUGGCCGGUGGAGGGGGCAGCAAACGCAUAUAUCGAGCACUCCCGCGUCGCCACAACAAAGCUGGAGCUGGCGCGUGCCGCCUUGGCCCUCUUUGCUUCCAACGCGGGCGUCUACCGGCCGUUUCUGGUGAGGCUUCUUCGGUUCCUCUUCGACCACGUCGACGAGCUGCGGCAGGAGCAAGGGCAGCUACGGAUGGAUUGGUGGAUGCGGCAGCAGGGCCUCGGUUCUUCAACCGCCAAGACAGCGGGUGGAGGCGGUGGUGAGCUAGAGGGUGCCACGCCGGAGGAGCAGAACGCCGUCGCCGCAGCAUACGAAAAGGUGCGCGCGACGGAGUCCAGGAUGGCUGCUUUGGUUGAGGAGGCCGCGGUGCAGCGUGACCACUUCAAGUCGCAGAUGGAGAUGCAGAAGCGCCACCAGCACCAUCUGGAGGACCUCCUGCGCCAUCAGAUGGAGAUGACACAGAUGCUGCUGGACCACCGCCUCCGUCAGGACCUCAUCUCAGGCAAGCAAAGCGCCGCCGUCACACUGGUGACUGCCGUGACCCACAGCUUUCAAGGCAAUCGCAGCGUGGUCGGUGCAAGCCUCGGUGUGGAUGGCGGCGAUGACAGUCACGAGACCCAUGAAGCAUCGAAUCCCGCGAAGGCAGCUGCCCUCACCACGAGAGACAUCCUGGGGCUGGAAUGUUACCAGGCACCGAUUCGCCCACCGGAGCGGCGAGAUGCGGCUUACGUGCAGCGCCUCAUCUCCAGGGCUGAGAAGGAGCUACUGCUGGAGCGUACCGAGGACCAGCUACGUGAGCUGCGUGCCCAGCACGAAGCUAUGCAGGACAGAAUCCAAUCACUACUGAAACUUAAUUCGCGCUAUGCCCGCCAGUCGGUUGAGCUCUCCGCACGCCUUAGCAUAUUACAUGAGCACAACGUUGCACUAGCCACAGAUGUGCACUUGUUUCAGCGUGACUACCUGAGGGAGCAGCAGAGGACGGAGAGACUGCAGCGUGACCUCCAGGGGGCGCGAGGGAUUGUACUGACGAUGCUUCAAGUACAGUUUGGUCAGCAAGAAGCGUCGAAGGAAGACCGCAGCGAGUUGCAGCAAGCAGAAACGACGGGGUCACACCUCUCUGCGACAGACAACGGUAGUGACACGAGGAUGCACUACGCAUUCGAGACUGCUGCACACGUCGCUCCUGCGGCCACCACGGUAGUUACUGACCCUGAGGAGAUGGCACCGGCACUGGGCUGCAAGGUCAUGAGAAGUGAAGAGAAGCACGUGACGCUGGCCACGGAGGAUCAUGCACAGGAGGCACUGCACCUCGCGUCUGGAAAAGGGCUGUGCAGCCAGCUGCAGGGUCUGCUUAGGGCUUCUGAUCCGCAGCACGCUGACGUCAAGGCGUCUCUGCUGCAGUUUCUGCACCUGCGGGGCGAUGCGGGUUUGCAGGGAAGCCGCAACGGCAACAACGACUUUUUCUUCUUAUCCUCCCCUCGUGCACAGGGCUGGCUGUCGCCGGCAUCAGUGCCACAAUGGGUACCGCCGUACGGUCUGCGUUCCGACGUUCCGCUGCAACUACGCAGCCGCACCUCUGUCCCGCUCCUUCAGCUGCACCCGAUUGUGGCGGAGGCCUUUGUGCAUGAGUUGCUCUCGCAGCGCCAGGAGCUGCUGUGGUUCUCGCAGCAGCAACUCAAGGAGCGCCAGGCGGUCCUGCGAGCUACGGACGGCAGGGCAUGCCAUAGACGUGGCUCCCGCAGGGCAAGCACUACAAUGGCGGCGGCCGUGCUCACGUCUUUUCAAGAGUACAUUGGGCUAUUUGUGCUCGUUGUAUUGCUAAACAGGUCCGAUUACUACUCUUAUCGUUUGUCGCCCGCGGCGCGCACAAGGCUGGACGAGGACGCGCGGGCGGGGCAGGGGUCGCGUGGCGGAUUUGUGUGCCAAACGGCAACUCACGGUAACCCUGCGAGAGACUCUGGCGCCGCCCCACAACCCCGAGACCAGGGAAUCGUGUGCACGUCCCUGUGGGACCUGCGUCAUAUCUUGUGCACUAUGCGCACGGCCGACAUGGAGCAGCUGCCGGUGGAGGGACUGCAGCUGACCUAUGCCCUUGACAGGGCUUCUCUGCAGCUGUCGGCGGGUCCCCUCACGUACGCAUAUGGGCUUGCGUCUCGCGGCACUGUAUGCGACGUGCUAUUCGACCUGCUUCGAGCCGAGAGGUUUGUCUUUGUGGAGCUGUGCCGUGCAGUUGAGGCAGACCUACUCGCAAAGGCACAAGCGGAGCAGGAGCGAUGGGCAGAAGCACUGAGACAGGACCGUCCAAUCCACGUCGUAAGGAGCAAGGACCCUCAGCUGCAUGGUGCCGACCAAGCCGCAGCCGCGCUUCCGUCACCACCAGCAGGUCGACGGUCAUCUACGCCGCUGCGUGGGCGCAUCCCUGUAGCGCAGGUGGCUCGCAUUCUGCUGGCCAUGUACCCCGGCUACUCGACCACCAUCAUGGAGCAGCUUAUCCGGACCGCCGUGGCCGACGGCACAAACGCAGCGGAGAACCCCGUGAUUCUCUUCUACGAGGUCCUCCUGCCCUCCCGGAUGCUGCCCGGCCCCACGGCCUCAUCAAUGUCGAUCGACCCCUCCAUGGCAGUCGGGACAUCCUUUGCCUCUCUUUUCUACACCGCCAUCUGCGACGAUGCCUUGGAGUCAAUGCAGAUGGUGGAGGACAGCGUGUGCGGCUUUGCGCGCGGCCAGCCACAGUCGAGCGGCAUGUCUGCGCUGUUGUCCACCGGUGCCGUCGCCGUGGCGUCUGGCGCGACGACGGCAACGGCCCAGCAGCUCACCUCCCUCGCCUUCCUUGGUGUGCCACGUGUAGAGGCGCAGUGCUGGGGGCCGUUCUUGAGGAGCGCCAUCUAUCGAUGGCCUCUUUUGCGCGCCACGGUAGCGGAUGGUCCCCUUGAGGUCUUAUCCACCCCCACUAAUGACGCUGCCCUUGGUGAGGACGCCGGGACGACGGGCAAAGGCCCAGCUCUCCUGGACGACGAGAUCGUUGCAAUGGUGGCGGUGGCAGGCACCAGUGGCCGCUCUUCUCCGGCCUCAAGCAUUGUUUUUCCCGCCGUGACACCAUCCCUGCGUCCGACUCUUGACCUUUCCAGUGCAGAGGAUGCGAAGGCAGCCGCUGAGGUCUCCCCGGUUGCCAGGGUGUCGGUGGAGGAGGUCGUGCCUUACCUUCGCCAGCACCUCUUACUUCGUCGCGGGCUCUAUGACUGGGCUGCAGGUACAGCAGCAGCAGCAGCGCCAGUUGACAUCUCACCGCCGUCCGCCGAGGAGGAAAGUCAGGCCACGCCAAUUGCUUUGAAGAAAGUUGUAGCGAAGUCGGCGAGGGGGGCGUCGACCACGGGGACAAAGGAGAGGGCUCACGACUGGUCUGCGGCCCAUGGAGACCUUCUUCGGUACUGGGACGCGCAAUGGGCUCAAUUCAGUGGCGUGACAGCGGCGUCACCCUCGCCUUUCGUAGGGCCGACGGAGCCGGCAGAACUCAAGCGCAUGCUGAAGCAGAUUGACCCACACCGGGCUUGUGCGUGGGGCAGUGAGUUGCUGAGCAGCGAGAACUCGCUCAUGCACCCGGUGACAUACGCAUGGGAAAAGGGCGACCUCGUUAUUCAUGAGCCUCCGGCCAGAGAUGAGGACGACAGCGGUGGCGACCGUCACUCCGUUAUGAACCGAAAACCAAAGAAGGGUCGAAAACACUCUGCUGGGGGUCGGUAA